GAGAGAGAGAGAGAGACGGAGGGAAAGAGAGAGAGAGGGAUGCACGAUUUGCUCUCUUCUCUCCUCAUUUCAGUAUAUCUUACUCAUUCCCACUCAUUGAUUCUCAUCUGUCAUCUGUCUCAUCUCAUAACUCCUGUCUUUCUGUCCACACUGAGGAUGAAUCCUUCAGAUAUCUUCAUCCACAGAUGCCUGUUUCCAAGCUCAUGGCUGCCCAGGGAGACUCAACACUUUUGGGCUUCCCCUGCGUGGAGCUGCCCUCUCUAAAGUGGAUCCCCAUCAGAAGAACAGCGCUCUCUCUUCACAUAUAAGGUCCGGGUGAUUCAAACCUCGUCUGUCCGUCCACAACCCCAUACAGACAGCGGGACCUUCAGCUCAGAGUAUUACUAAAAGUGUAGACACGCACAUAUUGAGAAGAUGGAGCAGGAGAUAUCAAAAGUGCAACGUAAGAUGUCUGACCUGGAAUCAGUUCUGCAGCAGAAGGAUGUGGAGCUCAAAGCUUCAGAAACCCAAAGAACCAUCUUAGAACAAGACCUGGCCACCUACAUCACCGAGUGCAGUAGUCUGAAGCGCAGUCUGGAGCAGGCCCGUAUGGAGGUCUCGCAAGAAGAUGAUAAAGCUCUUCAACUUCUGCACAACAUACGAGAACAGAGCAACAAACUGCAGGAAAUUAAAGAACAGGAGUAUCACGCUCAGCUGGAGGAAAUGCGAGUGUCUAUUCGUCAGCUGGAAGAGAAUCUGUCCGCCGCUCGCCGUCGCAGUGACCUGUAUGAAUCUGAGCUGAAAGAAUCCCGUCAGACCAGUGAGGAACUCAAGCGGAAAGCUGCAGAAUAUCAGCAGAAGAUCCAGAAGGCUAAAGAACAAGGCAAAGCUGAGAUGGAAGAACUUCUGACCAAACUACAGAAGACCAAUGCAGAACAACAAUCAAAGAUUGAAGAACUCCAGGAGAAACUUGUUAAGGCUGUAAAGGCGAGUUCAGAAGCCACAGAUCUGCUGCAGGGUGUUCGUCAGGCUAAAGAACGUCUGGAGAAAGAUCUGGAGCGUCUGCAGACCAAAGAAGACUCUACAGAUAGUCUGCGCAGACGCUUACGAGAGACCGAGGAUGGUAGAAAAACUCUAGAGAACCAGGUGAAGAGACUGGAGAUGGUGGAGCGGCGAGAGACUAAACUGAAAGAAGACAUUCAAACCAAGUCACAGCAGAUUCAACAGAUGGCCGACAAAAUCAUGGAACUAGAGGAGAGCUUACGCGACAGUCAGGCCACAGCACAGCGUAUGGAGACAAACCUGGAACAAAAGAAAAAACUCUAUGAAGACAAGAUCAAGGUUUUGGAGACUCAAAUGAAAGCUGAUUUGGCUGAGAAGGAGCUGCUGGAGUCCAAGCAGAGCACAUAUGAGGAGGAAUCCCGAGAGACGGGAAAAGUGAUCAGCGAUCAGGCUGCGACCAUCAAUGCCAUGGAGUCUAAGAUGACGAAUCUCGAACAGAGAAUUGCUGAGCUGUCCGAGGCAAACAAACUCGCCGCCAACAGCAGCAUUUACACACAGAAAAACAUGAAAGCUCAAGAGGAGAUGAUCUCUGAACUGAGACAGCAGAAGUUUUAUCUGGAAUCUCAGGCUGGAAAACUGGAGGCUCAGAAUGCAAAGCUGGAGGAACAUAUGGAGAAAUUAACACAGCAAGAACAGACGAACAAGAGCAGAGUCCUAGAACUAGAGGCCAGACUGCGAGAGAUUGGUCUGGAGCAUGAAGAACAGAAGUUGGAAAUUAAGAGACAGGUGUCCGAGCUGACGCUGUCACUACAGGAGAGAGAGUCUCAGAUCAGCAGUCUACAGGCGGCACGACACGCACUAGAAAGUCAACUACAACAGGCCAAGACCGAACUGGAGGAGACGACAGCAGAGGCAGAGGAGGAGAUCACUGUUCUCAGGGCCCAUCGGGAUGAAAUCCAGCGCAAAUUUGAUGCCCUACGAGACAGCUGUGCGGUGAUCACAGAUCUGGAGGAGCAGUUGACCCAACUGUCGCAGGAAAACGCCGAGCUGAACCGGCAGAACUUUUAUCUUUCUAAACAACUGGACGAUGCCACGGAUGAGAACGAAGAAAGAGUUCAGCUCAAAGAAGACGUGGAGCGUAUGCGCAGAGAGGUCGCAGACAGAGAGAUGCACCUCAACAAUCAGAAACAGAAUAUAGAGACGCUGAAGACGACAUGUACAAUGUUGGAGGAGCAGGUGCUGGAGUUAGAGACGCUGAACGAUGAACUUCUGGAAAAGGAGAGACAGUGGGAGAACUGGAGAUCUGCUCUGGAAGAGGAGAAGGACCAGGCGGAGCGCCGAUCCCGAGACUUACAGAGACAACUGGACAAUGAGAAACAGAACCGACUCAGAGCAGAGCAGAGGAACUCUGAGUCUCGUCAGGCUGUCGAACUGGCGGUAAAGGAACACAAAGCUGAAAUCCAGGUUCUGCAACAGGCCCUAAAAGACCAGAAACUCAAAGCUGAAGGUCUUUCUGAUACCCUGGGUGAUCUGGAAAAGAAACACACCAUGCUGGAGAUGAACGCCCGCAGCCUCCAACAGAAGCUGGAGACGGAGAGAGAACUGAAACAGAGACUCGUGGAUGAGCAAGCAAAACUCCAGCAGCAGUUGGACCUGCAGAAGAGUCACAUCUUCAGACUGACCCAAGGUCUCCAGGAUGCCCUGGACCAGACGGAUCUUCUAAAGACAGAGAGAACCGACCUGGAGUAUCAGCUGGAAAACAUACAGGCGGCGUACUCUCACGAGAAGGUGAAGAUGGAAGGAACCAUCACCCAACAGACCAAGCUCAUAGACUUUCUGCAGGCCAAGGUAGAGCACCCCUCUAAGAAGAAAAAGGGGAUCUUCGGCGGCCGGCGCCGUGAGGAUCUGUUGGCAGCGCUGGCAGCUCAGGGGCAGACGCAGGUACCUGCUGUUACCCCUGUGGCACCUGUGCCCCUGCAAUACAGCGAUCUGAAGGUGGCGCUGGAGAAAGAGCGAGCUCGCUGCUCGGAGCUUGAAGACGCCCUGCAGAAAACACGCAUGGAGCUCAGAGAAGUUCAGUUUAAAGCUCUGGAACACAGCGGAUCCCCGGUCACCCCUGGCCUGACCCGUCAGCAGCUCAUGAUGUCCACCAAAUCCAACAAAUCCCCUGAACACCAGCCCAGUGGCCCUCUGAUGUCAUCAAGCUCCGCCCGCAGGAAGGACGUGGCCAAUCCUGAAGAAAUAAGGAGAGUCACUUCUGAAAAGUACACCAGACGGGUAAAGGACCGGAUUCAUCACAGCACUCCACAUCGCUUCACGCAGGGGCUGAACAUGAGGGCGGCACGCUGCACCGUCUGUCUGGACACGGUUCAUUUCGGACGGCAGGCCGCUACUUGCAUUGAAUGCCACGCUCUCUGCCACCCCAAAUGUUCUCCGUAUCUUCCGGCGGCUUGCGGUGUACCCACUGAGUACGCCCUGCACCUCUCUGAGGCCUUGUGCAGGGAGAAGGGCAGCACAUCCGCCCUGAAAGAUGCUGGUGGUCAUAUGCGACUAGAGGGAUGGAUGAAGCAACCCAGGAAUGGGAAGCGAGGACAAGGCUGGGAAAGGAAAUAUGUUGUAGUGGAUUCAUAUAAAGUGAUCACAUACGAGACAGAACCAAGAGAUGAGUCUGUGAAAGCGCUGGAUGAGUUUGAGUUGUGUGUAUCUGAUGGAGAGGUGACGGUUCACUCCGCCGUCGGAGCCUCUGAGCUCCCCAACACAAGCAAAUCAGAUGUUCCCUUCGUGCUGAAGUUGGAAUCAUCACCGCAGUCGACGUGCUGGCCCGGUCAGACUCUUUAUCUCAUGGCCUCCAGUUUCUCAGAGAAACAGCGAUGGGUGGCCGUGCUGGAAGCCAUCGUGGCGAGCAGUCGUGGGGCGAGAGAAAAAGCCGAAGCUGAUGCUAAAUUGUUGGGUAACUCUCUACUGAAGCUGGAGGGAGAUGACAGACUGGAUAUUAACUGCACUCUCCCACUGACCGAUCAGAUCGUGUUGGUGGGCUCUGAAGAGGGUCUCUACGCCCUGAACGUGAUAAAAAACUCUCUGACUCACAUCCCGGGUCUUGGGUCUGUGUUCCAGAUCCACAUCAUCAAAGAGCACGACAAACUCCUGAUGAUCGUGGGUGAUGAACGGGCGCUGUGUCUGGUUGAAAUUAAGAAGGUUAAACAGUCUCUGUCUCAGUCUCAUCUCCCUACACUCCCUGAGAUUGUACCGCAUAUCUUUGAGACGGUGAAGGGAUGUCAUCUCUUUGCCUCUGGCAGGAUAGACAAUGGCCCGUGCAUUUGUGCAGCGAUGCCUAAUAAAGUUACGAUUCUACGCUACAAUGACAAUCUCAACAAAUUUUGCAUACGAAAGGAGAUUGAAACGCUUGAGCCGUGCAGCUGCAUUCACUUCAGCAGCUACAGCAUCAUUAUUGGUACCAAUAAAUUCUAUGAGAUUGAGAUGAAGCAGUGUGUUCUGGACGAAUUCCUGGACAAGAAUGACGUGUCGCUGGCGUCGUCUGUGUUGACUGGAUCGACCCACAGUUUUCCCAUUGCCAUCGUCCAGGUGUCCAGCAUCCCGCAGAAGGAAGAAUAUCUGCUCUGCUUUCACGAGAUUGGCGUGUUUGUGGAUGCCUAUGGUCGAAGAAGUCGCCCCGAUGACCUUAAAUGGUGUCGACUGCCUCUGACAUUUGCAUUCAGAGAGCCGUAUCUUUUUGUCUCGUACUUCAACUCCCUGGACGUUAUUGAGAUUCAAGGACACGCUGCUCUUGGGCCUCCUGCUCUCGUACACCUGGAUAUUCCCAACCCGCGUUACCUGGGCCCGGCGAUAUCAUCGGGUGCCAUCUAUCUGGCGUCCUCCUAUCAGAACAAACUGCGGGUGAUCUGCUGUAAGGGCAGUCUGGUGCGUGAGUCCGGGGAGCUCCAGAGGACCGCUUCCAGCAGGAGCAGCCCGAACAAGCGUGGUCCCCCCACCUAUAACGAGCACAUCUCCAAGCGCCUGGCCUCGGGUCCCGGGACCCAGGAGGGGCAGCUGCACCGGGAGCCCAGCACUCCUCACCGCUACCGCGAGGGCCGCACCGAGUUCCGGAGGGACAAAUCUCCAGCCCGGCCUCUGGACCGCGAGAAAUCGCCCGGUCGAGCUAUGCUAGACAGCCGCAGGGAGAGAUCACCCGGUCGCUUCGAGAGCAGCGGCAGCGAGAGAGACCGAGAGCGCUCACGGCUUCACUCGAGCUCCGUGCGCACCCAGCUUACGCCCGUCAACAAGGUUUGGGACCAGUCAUCGGUUUGAGAUCGUCCAGGAGAGAAGACCUAAGAGCCAUCGUCCACUUCCCGCGUGGAUGGCCGUGCCGUUUUAACAGGCGCUUCGUAUAACACUCAACCGAAUCAUCUCAUGCCUGUAACCGUGAAAAGAGCCAUGCUUUCACCUGCAGCCAAAAUAUUGUAUCUAGGACAUUUUGCUAAUGUUGAAAACUUGUUGUAACCAUUUAUGAUGCAGAUUGUAAAGGAACACAGUGCCAAUUUUGGGAAAGCCCCUAAGAAAACAGUGUAGGUUCUGUACACAGCAUUUUUGGCAUAAUGUACAUUUAUAUAUUAAGCACAUUAACAAACAACAAAAAUUAUGAACAAAUGUUACAACUAAAGAUGUUAAUGUGACACAAGUUGCACAGGUAUAUUUAUAGCAAUAGCCAAAAAUGCACUGUAGGCACUGCAAAAAAUGAUUUUCAAGAAAAACAAUUCUUAGUAUUUUUGUCUUGUUUUCAGUAAAAAUAUCAAAAAAUUAUUUUUCUUGAUGUAGAAAUAAGUCUAGUUUUUAGACCAAAAAUAUCAAAUUUAAGUGAUUUUGUGCAUAAAACAAGCAAAAAAAUCUGCCAAUGGGUAAGCAAAGAAAUCUUGAAAAUUUUUAUUAAACACUAAAUUACCCCAUUGGCAGAUAUAUAUAUUUUUUUGCUUGUUUUAUGCACAAAAUCACUUAAAUUUGAUAUUUUUGGUCUAAAAACUAGACUUAUUUUCUUGGGUCGUUUUGCUCAUCAAGAAAAAGCAUCUUAAUUUAAGAAUUUUUAGAUAUUUUUACUGAAAACAAGACAAAAAUACUAAAAAAUGUCUUCUUGAAAAUCUGAUUUUCAAGAAAAAAAAAUAUUUUUGUCUUGUUUUCAGUAAAAAUAUAAAAAAUAUAUUUUUCUUGAUGUAGAAAUACCGUAAAACUUCAACUAAUAGACGAGUCCCAAAUAGACGCCUGUCUCUUUUAGACGCCUGGUGUGACGACAGGUUUGGGAAAAUAAAAGCCCGGGCUAUUAUUUGAAGUUUUACGGUAAGUCUAGUUUUUAGAAAAUACUAAGAAUUUUUUUUCUUGAAUAUCAUUUUUUGCAGUGUAUAUAAAUAUAUAAUUCGGUAAAUGACCAAUGGCCGUGAGCACACUGGUGCUAGUCUAGACUGCAAAAAAUGAUUUUCAAGAAAAAAUGUUCUUAGUAUUUUUGUCUGGUUUUCAGUAAAAAAUCUAAAAAUUCUUAAAUUAAGAUGCUUUUUCUUGUUGAGCAAAACCACCAAGGAAAUAGUUAUUAGACCAAAAACAUCAAAUUUAAGUGAUUUUGUGCAUAAAACAAGCAAAAAAAUCUGCCAAUAGAUAAAUUUAAUUUUUCUUCAAUUUAGUGUUUAAGAAAAUUGUUCAAGAUUUUUUUGCUUACCCCAUUGGCAGUUUUUUUUUUUUGCUUGUUAUAUGAACAAAAUCACUUAAAUUUGAUAUUUUUGGUCUAAAAACUUAUUUUCUUGGGUCGUUUUGCUCAUUAAGAAAACGCAUCUUAAUUUAAGAUUUUUUUUAAUGAAAACCAGACAAAAAUACUAAGAUUUUUUUUUUCUUGAAAAUCAUUUUUUGCAGUCUAGCACCAGUGUGCUCACGGCCAUUGGUCAUUGACAAAAUUAUAUAUUUUAUUGAAAAAUCAUAUUAAUUAAAGAUAUUAAAUACAUUUUUCUACCGGAAAUAUAUAAAAACUAUAUUUAUCAUUAGUAAUAUGUGUUGCAAAGGACUUCAUUUGGACAACUUUUAUCAAUAUUAAAAAAUAUAUUUUAUCAAUAUUUUGAUUUUUUUACCCUUCCCUGACAGCAGCCCGAAGUCAACAGCUGUCUGGGUUAGAUUCCAGAUUUUCCAAUAGUUGUAUCUUAACCAAAUAUGGUCCUAUCCUAACAAACCAUACAGCAAUGAAAGGCUUAUUCAGCUUUUGGAUGAUGUAUAAAUCUCAGUUUCAUUAAAUUGACCCAGGGUCACAAAUGAAACUAUUAUGAUAAAGUUAGCGAGAUGAAAAAUUGGAAGCCGUGCAAUGAAAAGCAAUUUGAUAUUGUGUAAGAUUAUGCUGUUGAAACUGUACUUUAAGAUUUAUUUAUUUAUUUUUUAUGAAAGAUAUAUAGAACAGAAUGCCACAAAUGUUGUAGACUGAGCUUAUAUUAAACCCAUCAUUCCCAUCAUAACCGGGUACAACAGGAGUAAGACACUAAUAUUGUAAAUAUGGUGAUGUUUUUUUUUUUAAAGGAUCUUGAUCGAUGAAGUAAUGAAGUCUAUUUUUAUGCUAUAACACCGUUUGUAUAGACAGUUGAAAUGGGUUUCCUACAGAAAAGUACAGACAAGGUUUUAUGUCCAUCUAUGCUCAUGACAUUUUGGGCAGUUUUCUAUAGCUAACUUUAGACAUUGUCAAACUUACUGCACAUUGUAUAUUUUUAUGCUAAUAGAGUCUAAGCUUGUGAAUCUUUUCAAGGAGACGCGUCAUGUUCUCGCUACAAGUGUCCUUGUGAUGUUCAAGUAAACCUACUGUGUUUUGUUCAAAAUUAAACAAAGCUUUUGUCGACACUCGCGACAGCAGAAAAUCUCUCUGCCGUUUAGUGUAUGGACGUCCUGUUGAGCUGUGAAGUAAAAUCAUGUCCGGUAGACCCUCAGGGUUUAUAGAAGAACUUCUGUCAUUUACAUAUGAAACACAGUUCGGAUUAGAGGCUUGUUUGAGUGACAUCAUCAAACGCAUGAGUAAAUUCUAACCUGGUUUUGGGACGUCUGUUAUGUUAUAAUCAUUAAUAAUUGAUGUUUUUAAACGAGGCUGCUUUGAACUUUCUUAUUGUAAAGAAAUGAUUUAACUAUAUUAAAGACUAUUAAAGUAUGAGCCAUAUACACUUA